AUGGCGGUUUGCUACAGCGUUGUUGGCCUGUCUGGUCAAUGCAUGGAGCUAGAGAUGCCACUCGAGUCCAAGGUGGGCGACAUGAAGCGCGCCAUUGAGGAUGGAUGGGCCGUGCCACAAAUCUGCCAAAAGCUGCUGUGUGGCGGACGACUCUUACCUGAUAGUGCCCGCUGCGAGGCUUUACCUGAGAAAGAACUCCAGCUCGUGGUUUCAACGGAGAUGCUUCGCUCUGCGUUGCAGUCUGCACUGGCCAAAGAGGUUCUGAACCAGUUGCAGCUGGUGGCCCAAAACUGCACAUAUGCAGAUCAUGCCGUCUGGUCAGCUGUGGAGGCCGAGGUGUGGGAUUGCUUGCAAAUACCGCCAAUAUUGGACUCGGACACGCAAGAUGCACGUGAUGCAGCAGCUGCGGUGCUUUUAGAUGGUGCACUGGUUUGCGUCAAGAUGCUAGCAGCCUUUGGACACUUGCCUGCCAGCUGA